UGCCUAGUGAAGCUCUAUUUGCCAGGAAGUGGCUGGACAUCCCUCGUUGAUGGGAAGUAGAAAAUAAAUCAACUUUUUCCAUCUUAUCUUCUCCCUCUCCUUCACCUCCUGCUGAGGAGAUGAGUGAUAGAACAACUUGAUGAGCACCAGCCAAGGUGCAAAGAGGGCUACCAAGGAGUCCGCUGUGACCAAUUUUUGCCGAAAACCGACUCAAUCUUGUCAGAUCCAACAGACCAUUUAGGAAUUGAAUUCAUGGAGAGCGAGGAGGUGUACCAGCGCCAGGUGCUGUCCAUUGCCUGCAUCGUCUUCGGCAUCGUCGUGGUGGGCAUGCUUUGUGCAGCUUUCUACUUCAAAACAAAGAAACAAACAAAGCAAAUUCAUGAACAGCUGAAGGAAACGCAGAAUAGGAAAACCUACAGCCUAAAUGCUUCCAGCAUGAUGGCAAAGUCGGAGUGUAUGGCACAAAGCCAAGUCCAGCUGCAAAAUUAUUCAAAACCAGAUAGGCAUCCGGGGCCUAUUCUGCACAAAGUUAUGGAGUCUAGUUUUUCAGGCCCUCAGUCUUUCCCAGAGGCCUUGUCUCCUGACAGAGGAACCCAGCCCAUCAAGCACCACAGAAGUCUCUCUUCAUGCUGCAGCCCAGGACAAAAAAGUGGGAUGCUCCAUAGAAAUGCCUUUCGGAGGACUCCUCCCUUGCCUCGGGGUAGGUUCAAUGGAAUUACAGGACCAGCAUAUCAACAGCUCGAGGAGUCCAGGAUCACAGAGCAGGACACCAUACCUUGUCACGGGUAUUCAUCCAGUGGUUUAAAAACUCCUCAGAAUACUUCAAUAAAUAUGCAACUGCCUUCAAGAGAGACAACCCCAUAUUUUAAUAACGUGGAUCAGAAGGACUUGGUCGGCUAUUCCUCUUCAAGGGCCAACUCCGUUCCCAUCAUCCCGUCUGUGGGCUUGGACGAAGCCUGCAUGCAGAUGCAAAAUGUUCCUGAAGUAACAGGCAUCAAAUGGUGCAAAAACUCCUAUUCUGCUGAACUUGUCAAUGUGAGUUCCCCAGUCAGUAAUUGUCUAAUAGCAGAACAACACGAAGUGAAAAUAUUGCUAGAAACUGUGCAGGAGCAGAUCCGGAUCCUGACGGACGCGCGGCGGUCGGAGGACUUUGAGCUGGCGAGCGCGGAGGCGCAGAGCGGCGCGAGCGAGAACACGGCCUUCCUGCCCAUGAGCCCCGUGGCCAAGGCAGAGCGAGAGGCACAGUUUGUCUUAAAAAGUGAAAUGCAAAGAGACUCGGUAUUGACCAAGUGACUCCGUGUGGGGGUUGUGGGAGGGGAAACGAGAGGUCUGUGCAUUCGACGCUUUGCUAAACAGGAAGGGAGGAAGUUAAAUACAAAUUAUUUAUAUGCAUUAAUUUAAGAGCAUCUACUUAGAAGAAACCAAAUAGUCAAUCGCCCUCAUAUCAUAGUGUUUUUUAACAAAAUAUUUUUUUAAGGGAAAAGUUCCAGGAGGGAUGAAGCGUGCUUUUAGAUGCUUUCUAGGCAGGAUUACACAGUUUCGGUUACAGAGGAUUUUACCGCGGUCCUGUUCGGCUGUCCGAAGGCUUAGGCUAUGCAUCUCUUUUUCAGUAAAGGCCAAGUACCGUUCUAAGAUGCAUUUCUGGUUUCAGGGCAGCACUGCAGUGAGCUGCAGGGCAGGGAUUCAGAGCCUGGGGAGCACGUCCUGUGAGCCCAACACAGAUCCAGUCCCCUCUCCCCCUCUGCUCUCGAUUCCUGGUUCAUGCCACAAAAACAGGCGCACAGACACGUACUUCUGAGCUCUGGUACCUGCUGUGGAAUGGUGACAAUGCCCCUGAAUUGAGCAGCUGCUUGACUCUCAACCUUAAUUCGAUGUGUCAGUCACCCCAGGAAAGUCAGUGGAAUCAUUUAUGAGCUUUGGGAUUGGCCAAGAGUGGGAGCAGGGUUGGGGUCUACAGAGAUCCAGUGGUCAGGAGCCCACAGCUGCUCCCUCUUCUGAGCUUUGCCUAUCAGAGCUGCCUUGGUGGAGAGUGAGGAAGAGCAAGAGAAAAUGUAGAGAUGUCUAUUACAACAGGUUUGGUUUUGGUUUCUGGUUUGAAUUUUUUAAGUGGAAACAUAAACUCUGUUGUUCGUUAGCGCCCCUCAACAUUUCUAAACUUUUACACUUUAAAGGCAUUUGUAAGCUCUCAAGGAGCACUUCUCAGUGUGUGUGUAUUUUUUUUAAACUUAUUUUUUUAUUAUGGCUUGUUCAGAGAAGAGUCAGGGAGAUCCAGUAUGAUCAAAAUCCAGCCAGUAAGUGUCCACGCUGCCUAAUUUGUUCCUGCAUUCAGUUCUCCAGUCACUUUAAUUAACUAUGGCUUAGGCUUGUGAACUUUAAAGCUUCAACCCUGCAGAUGGUUCAGUAUGGGCAGACCCACAGGCAUGCAGAGAUCUGACUCCAGUGGAGCUUUCUAAGAGCAGAUGGUUUCCACCAAGUCACUCCCUGCAGGGGAUCAAGGCCUUAGAGAGGAUGUUGCCAUAUCCUCAUCACAUCAUAAGCCCUUUUUGCAUUAGCUUUCUUUUGAGUCCCUCUUCCCCCCCUCCAUAAAUUGUAAGAAAAUGUGCAUAUUUUGCAAUGAAUUGGGUUCAGUGACACACCUUAUUGGGUUUAUUAGUGUUAAAAUAAUCUGCUUAUUCUCGGGGGGACAAAAUCAACUAUAAUAAAUAAUUGCUAAAUAGCCUUUCCUGGUUAGUGCCAGGAGAUUGAUUAAAAAUAAUAAUAAAAAAAGAGACUAUAUACAGAAUGUAUUUAAAUAUUCCUUUGAAGCAAAAUAAUUGUUAGAUUUAUUAAUGUGCCCCAGUCUUUCUAGUUCACAAGUCUCAAGACUUCCCAAAAUAGCACAAUCAAUCACACAGUGCUGUUGUAUGUUGAGUCAGAAUAAAGCAAUAUCUUAACCUUUGUCAAGUAAAUUUGGAAAAGAAAUGCUGAAGGUGUAUGUCAUUUUUAUUUAUUUUUUUUUGUUAAGGCAGUAAAAAAAAAUUAUUAUUGACAGUCUUCAUUCAGCAAGUCUUAUUUUGGGUUGAUUUUGUGGUUUGGGGGGUUCUUUUAAAGAUAAACUUGAUGAAAUUUUCCUGUUUACAGAAUUUUCUAUGGCUGCAAUCUUUGCUGUGUGUUUUCAACAGAAACAUAUUUGAGGGCAAACUAUUGUUUUAUGCCCCAGGAUGGAGUGUGAGCUGUUCAGACUCCCUUCUGCAAAGACACAGAGCUUUUGUUGUAGCAGUGAGGUGGGAUGCCCGUGGGGUUUGGUCUCACCCUGACGUUUUCCUGCCAUAUGUGGUGGUGGGCACAGCCUCACUGUGCAUGAGCUGAGCUGACUGUGGUGGGUAUGGCCCCAGAUAAACCCUCUGAGAUGCAGGGUGCAUUGGCUGGGGCUCAGAUUUGCUCCCCUACCAUCAUUUGAGUUUUCUGUCAGCACCAUUUGCAUCCCCCCCGUCUCAGGACAUGAGCAAAGGGAGCCUGCCUCUGCCCAUAAGCCCUGUGAGCAUACCUGAAUUUUCAUAUUAUAUGAAAAGUGGGUACUGUAUAAAGCUCUGGUUUAACAGUUUUCAAAUGGUGAUCACAGUUAAUGAAUUGUUCACCAUUCAUUUAAUCGAGGUGGUCUCUCUGCAAUACAAUGCAGAAUCCUGCUCAAACUGAUGCUUAAAAAUCAAAUCUUUUCAAUUCAGAUCUUCCCCAAUCUGCAAAUUCACCUCUGGCAACAUAAUGGGAACACACAGCAAGAUUUCAGUUGAAGAAAGAACCAUGUCAUAAGCAAUGCCUUUAAGGAGAGAAUGUGUUCAUGCAGCACCCCCAAAAGACCCAGAAAGAGGAGACGAGCAAUGUAUUUAAGAGAAUGAAAUGUUUUACUGAAUGGUAGCUGAAGAUCUGAAAUGGUGAGGAUAUCUUUGGUUCAUGUUAGAGAUACGAUCUUGUACUCAGCAAAGGAUGUGUGACUGUUAUAUGUUAACUGUUCUAUUCAGUUCUCAGCAUGUUUGAAUAGAGAGACGUUAAUAUUAACCAA